CGGUAGAUGCUUCAAAUCUCACAAAUAACACGGUGGUGUGGGGGGAAAAAACCCCAAAUUGGCCUAAAUUACACAAGACCGAGGUGUAAAUAAAGUACGUCGUUAACGGCGGAUGGGUUUGAUCUUUUUUCCCAGCAGGCUGUUCGGCCUAUAAGAAGGCGAGGCAGCGCUGUAGAGUCAGAAGUGAGCAGAUUUAACGUGGAGCUCUGAGAUACUGCGUGUGUGUGUGGAUGGAGCUGCGAAACUUUAGAUAACGUCUCAGUUUGUUUCCCCAACACUCCGUGUGAGCGCUUUAAGUGACCCCCAGUGCUGUCCUCAGUUUGUCUGAGGAAACUAUAACGAUGGCAAACAUGGCUGAGGCCUCAAACAGCAGCAAUAGUGAGUCUUAUAGUGUACUUACCUGGGAGCAGGUGAGCCGACUGCACGAGGUGCUGAGUGAACCGGUACCAAUUCACGGCCGGGGAAACUUCCCCACACUGGAGGUGCGACUGAAGGACAUUGUACAGAAGGUGCGCAACCGGCUUGAGCAAAGUGGCAUAAAAGUCAAUGACAUUCGCUUAAAUGGGUCCACUGCCAGCCACGUCCUGGUGAAGGACAUUGGCUGGAGCUACAAAGAUCUGGAUGUCAUCUUCAGAGUUGAUCUCCCCCAGGAGACAGAGUUCCAGCUCAUCAAAGAUGUGGUGCUGAGCACUUUGUUGGACUUCCUGCCUGAAGGAGUUAACAAGGAGAAGAUCACACACAUGACGCUGAAGGAGGCCUAUGUGCAGAAACUGGUUAAAGUGUACAUGGAACAGGACCGCUGGUCUCUUAUCUCCCUGUCCAAUAAUAAUGGACGCAACGUGGAGCUUAAGUUCGUGGAUUCUAUCCGCAGACAGUUUGAGUUUAGUGUGGACUCCUUCCAGAUAAUCUUGGAUUCUGUGCUGUCUCAUUACGACUCAGAAAAGCCUAUGACUCAGCAUUUCUACCCUACUGUGACUGGGGAGAGUAUGUAUGGUGACUUUGCUGUGGCACUAGACCACCUCAGGAACAAGCUGAUUGCCACCAAAAGGCCAGAGGAAAUCCGUGGAGGUGGCUUGCUGAAAUAUUGUAACCUUCUUGUGAGAGACUUCAGGCCCACAGAUAAGGAGGAGUUCAAAGCAUUGGAGCGCUAUAUGUGCUCUCGCUUCUUCAUUGAUUUUCCUGACAUCGGCGAGCAGCAGCGGAAACUUGAGGCCUACCUGCAGAGUCAUUUCGUGGGUGAGGAGAAAAGCAAGUAUGACUACCUCAUGAUCCUGCGACGGGUCGUGAACGAGAGCACAGUCUGCCUCAUGGGACAUGAGAGGAGGCAGACACUUAACCUCAUCUCACUCACAGCUUUCCGGGUGCUUGCAGAACAGAAUGUCAUACCAGAUGCUACUAACGUGACCUGUUACUACCAGCCAGCACCUUAUGUCCGAGACCUGAACUUCAGUAACUACUAUGUGGCAUCUUGUAACCAGUCCAUUCCAACAUGGCUGCCAUGUAAAUAAGACUCUAAACAUAUGCUUUAUUAAUGAAGGGGAAGAAAAAGAAAAAAAAACUGUUUGGCCAUGAGUGCUAUUUUCCUGUGUGGGCAUAAAGAUAUUUAAGAGGACAAGCAUUCGGGUCUAUAUAUAUGUGGGUUUUUUUUUUUUUUUUUUUUUCUCUUGCUAAAUUUGUCAAUGUGUCAAGACCUUUGGAUUCUAAGUAAUAUAUAUAUCUAUAUUUUUAGAGCUUGGAAUUUCUAUAUUGGUGGGGAAAGAUCAAAUGCUCCUGUAAAUUUGUUUCUCGGAUUGUUUUUGUUUUUUGUUCAGUGUCCCUUAUCUGAGCAAUAACUUUUUUGCAACCUGAAAUUUUUAUUGUGCCUUAUUCCUCCCUGAUGUAUUACAGACUUUUGUCUUUAAGGGAGGGAAAGAUUUCUCAAAGGACGGUUUUGAUGCUUCUUGUUAUAAAACACAGAAAAUGUAGAAAAAAACCACAAUUUUGUUAUAGAUAUAUAAAUUGGAUAAAAAGAAUUUGGGUGACACAAAAAAAGUAAGCACGGACUUGAACAGGAAAUUCCAGUGUGCAAGGAGGAGGGAUUUCCCCCUUUCUUUUUUUUUUUUUUUACUAUGAGCUGCUAAUAUCCUUAAGAGCUUUCAGCUUGAGCAUUUUAACUUCCUCAGCUAAUGAUAACCAGGGUUAUUGUGAGGUAAAGGACACUGCACGUUUGUUCUAGACAGAGGUGCUGAACGUAUAGUUUACGUAGCAUUUGUUUUGGUGUGCUACAGCUGUGUACAAUGUUUGCAUGCAAAAAUAUCUUUAGUAUUCCACUACAAACUUCAGAAAGUUCUCUCAGUACAGCUGAUUUCAGAUUUCCAACCCGUUUAGGACAAAUAAGCGAUGUAGUCUUAUGUUUUGUUAAGGACAACAGUGCAAGUAACGUUUUCAGAAACUAACUGGUCCUCGUUCUGCGAUUUAAUCUGGGUAAUGCGGAGUCGGCUUCCGGUGAGAGGACAGGAUAGCCUUUGAGUGACUUAUGCAUGGAAUUGAAUUUGAAAUGAGUGUACAUGUGAGAAGGAGCAUGACUGUGAGGUUGUCCCUUUUCCUUAAAAGGAUAAAGUGUUGGGUGUCCUGUGUGCUUGAGUCUAUAGUGAUCCUUAGCAGGCUUUGCAUUGCUGUGUAACAAGACUCCAAACCGGUGUCGCACCACGCUAAAAUUAUCCUAAGAGGUGCAGGGCAGAAUAUGUCUUCGCUGGAGGGAGGUGGGCAGGGUUUUCUGCUCUGACGAACACCUUACAUGUGCUUCUGCUCUUGCUCUUCAUACGGAUCCCAUGCUGAACCCUUUUGUGGUCAUUGGAGCAGGGCCCCAUUCACAGAAACAUUACAGUGGCUCUUGGUAGGUUCCAGUUAUGGAUUUUAAACCUCUGGUAUGGUUAAUGUUGCAUGCCCUCAACGUUAAAACCUAUGUGCCUCAACAUCUCGUGUGUUUAUCACCACAUAAUCUGUGUGAAAAGCCUUUCAUUCUGAACUAACAGCUGUUUCCGAUUUUCUUUACGAAGUCUCUCCUUCUGCUUACUCUGCAUCUGCGUGCAGCUUUUUCAGGUCCGCGCGCACACAAAGUGGAUGACCUGGAGAGCCACGAUCAGCCUCUUAUCUGCUUCACACACACAGACUUUGGAGGGAGGUGGGAAAGGGUCACUGCAGCCUCUGACAGUUGUGGUCACCCUCUGGGUCAGGUCUUAUCAAAUUUUUGUAGGCAGGCUGUGGUUGUUGGAGUCGAGUGGUGAUGGGGUGGGGGGAAAUGUAUGGGGGGGUGGGGUCAGAGGUUACAGUAAAUAUUGGGUCGGGGUAUGUGUAUGUUAUGGAGCUAGGCAUUUUGGUGCCAUGAGAAGUCAGUUUAUAUGAUGAUAUCCUCUUUGGUCCAUCCUAACACCUUGCUUUUCUUAAGCCUAGUUGUCUAGUCAUUCCAGUAAUUUGACUUUGUCGAUUGCCCUUUUAAUGCCACCAAGCUGGGCAAACAGGCAUUGACCAGCUUGACCAGGUGAAGCGGAGAACGGAACGUGACAAAGGGCUGCUGUGUGGUUCUGCAUUAUUUAACCUGCAUUCUGGCUUGAAAUGUUUCUCAUAUAACUGAUGGGAUAUAUUUAAUGGAGUAUUUAGAUGUCUGCUUUCAGAUGUUUUCAUUUCUCAGACAUCUGUGGUCCUGUUUCCUCAAAGCAAACCCAAGUAUCUUUUCAGGUUAAGUUUAUGCAAAUCAGCUCUUAAGGCUUAAGUUUUAGACCACAGAUGUGAUGUAUCGAUACAGCAUCUCCUUAAUCUGCCCAGAUUUGAGCAGUUUUAGCUGCCAUCUGAUGUUUUAUCCUGCUGGUUGUUCACCCAGAUGAGACUUGGCAUGGUGGGCUUUGGCUGGUCUUCUAUUUAACAGCACAAGGUACAGUGGGUUGCUUGUAAUAUAGGGAGAUUGUAUUUGAAAUGAUGCAUGCAGUAUCUAUACUAAUGCAGAAGUAUUUUGUUCUUUCAGAUAGGUGUUUUAUUAUUAUUAUUAUUUUUUUCCUGCUGUAAUUCCAGAAUUUCCCUAUUUGAACAUUCUCUUAGCUGUCUAUCUGUGAACAAAGGUGUUUAAGCUUUGCUAUUACUGUUGCACUAUGGCUCAAAGCAUCCGUAUCAUUGUUUAAUGUUUUCCUAGGGGAGGACUUUCCUGUGUUAUGACAAUUGUCUAAAGUUUUGCUGACGCUGGAGGCUUUUCUGGAAGUCCUUUGCCAGGUGAUAACGAGUUGUAGGAUGAGCAGUUUUUUGUGUUAUGUCUGACUGUGCCAAUGAUUUGUGAGCUGAAAAGUUUAAGAUGUUAAAAUUUAUUUUUUCUUUUUUUUUUUUUUCUUGGGGGGGGGAAGCUUUUGUCAACUUGGUGUUUUGAGGUUUAUUAAACUUAUUGUCGAUUUAAUUUGAGCACUUUUACCUCACUUUAAUUUUUCUUUGGAUGGAAUUGAACAUCGGGAAAACAUGUAUGAAGAAGAGGGGAAAUAAAGUAUUCAACCCCA